AUGAGACUGGCCGCGUAUACUGGGGCCUCCGUGGUCCUAGCCACUGGUGUGUUUCUGAAAGCUCUUCAUCAGAGGUCCAAUUUCUAUUCAGCAUGCGUCUAUCUAUCUCAGAGUAGCGCAAAUCUUAUGAUCCUCACGAAUUUAUGUCUUCUUGUCACCGGCUUCAUACUAUUUUGGCUCCAGCGACUUCUCUACGGACCCUUGCGACCAAUCGAGACCGAGCAACUAUACGAGCGGGCCUGGUUCGCCGUCACAGAGACAUGUUUGGCCAUGACCAUCUUCCGAGGCGAACUUGGAGGCUGGUUUCUGGUCAUGUUCAUUUCGCUGCUGGUCGGGAAGGUCUGGGGCUGGAUUGGUGAAGGCCGCGUUGAGUUCCUAGAACAACAACCACCGGCUAAUCCCCGAUUGUUCCAUACUCGGUUGGCGCUAUCUCUCGUGUUGACUGUAUUAUUCGACUCUUUCAUGUUGCGCUAUUGUGUGCACACUGUAAUUACGCAGGCACGUCCGGAUAUGAUGGUGAUGUUUGGAUUCGAAUUCGCCAUCUUGGCGAUACUUUCGACCUCGACCCUCUUGCGAUACGUCAUCGCGUUGACCGAAAUAUCCAUAACCCGCCAGCAAAUAAAGGCCAAGAUGCAGGAACGUCGGGAAGAGAUUCGUAUUGCGCGCGUCGAGGCGAUUCGAGAGCAUGCCCGCGCGGGAGCCACCUCUCCUCCUGACAAUCUGCCCGACGAAAACGAUGUCAACGAAAUGGAGAUCGAUGUGCCCGGGUGGGAGGACAAGGGUCGUUGGGUCUUCUACUUGGAUCUUUUGACCGAUUUGUUGAAACUCGUGAUUUACUUGAGCUUCUUUGGCAUUCUGCUCACUUUCUAUGGCCUCCCUAUCCACAUUCUGCGGGACGUGGUUGUGACUAUCCGCUCAUUUGCCCGUCGUAUUAUGGACUUCAUGCGUUACCGGAAUGCGACAAGGGAUAUGCACCAGAGGUAUCCGGAUGCAACGGCAGAGGAAGUCUCCCGGGAAGAUGUCUGCAUCAUUUGCCGUGAGGAAAUGAUUCCACUUCAGCCGGCGCAACCGCAACCACAACCGGCGGCUAAUGCUGCUGGAGAACCUGCACCACGGCCGGCCCUGGGACACAGCGUGUUCCUGACCCUCCCAUGUGGCCAUAUCUUGCACUUCUCUUGCCUGCGAAGCUGGCUUGAGAGGCAACAAAACUGCCCAACAUGCCGGCGUCCUGUUGUAACAACCCAGCGAACUCGUGGAGCUGGCGGGGUAGACAACGCACGCGGAGGUCAGAAUGGUGGCAUCCAGCCAGGCCAACAAGGUGCAGAUGCUCAACCACGUGCCCGAGUCUAUCAGUUUGGGCCUUUCCGUAUCGGCUUUGGAGCUGUACGUGCGGAUCUAUUUAACAAUCUUCACCCACAGGGUGUCCAAGGUAACGUGCCGCAACCUGGGGCACAACCGCCUGCGAAUGGGCCUGGAGGACAAAUUGGGUUUGGAUUUGGGUUCGGCCGUCGUCCUCAAGCCCCCGCCCCCGCUCCUGCCCCACAAGCUGCGGCUCCAGGGGGUUCUGUCGCUGCCGAGAUCAAUGCUCAGUUGGUGCAGAUUGAGCAACGGCUCAAUCAAGAGAUUGCCACCCUUCGAGCUGCAACGGAGCAUUUAAAUCACGUGCGCCAGCUUCGGUUGGAACUGGAACGUUUGCUUGCUCAAGCAAGGGCUGUUAACCAACAAGCUGCUGGCCAACAAGGCGCCAGUCAACCAGGCCCUCCCAAUCUGGUCCCAGGGUCUUCAGUCUUCACAACGGGCCAGCAGUAUGGCACAAACCCGGCCACUGAUGUUCUAAACUCUGGAGAUCCUCGCCUACCAGAAGGGCUCACUCUUCCUCCCGGUUGGACUCUCCUCCCUCUCCAACGUGUUGAUAAUGGUGCCGGUGUGGAACAGACAGUACAGCCCACGCCUACUACUACAGUGGGAUCCUCAGCUGCGCCCGCUAUGGCCAGUGCUGUACCUUCUCAGACCCCCGGGUUCCCUGCACCUGUUCAGGAUCAAACGAGCCUGAACAAUUUAAUGGAGCCCAUAGUUCGCCGGUAUUGCAACCGACGACCACCGUCCCUUUGGUGGAACAUCGUGCAGAAUCCCCGUCUCAAGAAUGGACCGACGUUGCCCCUGAGAGGGUCCUUUGAGACCAGGCCAGCUUCCUCUAUUCCUACUACAUGGGGUAGCAAUGGAGAAUCUGCAAAUAUUGCGUCUGGCCAAGCCGAGACUCACUCCGAGUCUACAUCCAACGGCAAACGCCGGACCGCAUCAGUUGAGACGCCUGAUGAAGAAGCUUGA